AGAGUUCGUUACACAAACACGGUGUUCCUGUGGAAACAAAAACCAUCGGAGGGUUUGAACAAUGAGACGGACUGGGAGGGUUUGGAUUGGACGAGUCUAAUGGCUGUUCAUAUCAGCUGUGAUUCGACUCUAGUGAUUCCAUCAGACGUGACUCCGUCGGCCCGUCCCGAGGAAGCUCUGCGCCUCAGUCCGGCAGCGGCUCCUCCCUGGGUCCCGCUGCUGUCCAUGGAGCUGUUCGUGAGCGAGGCCCUGGAGAGGAGGCCUGUGGGGCCCUGCGUUAUCAGUGCGUACGACCGGCUCUACGUGCAGAUCUCGGCGGCGUCUGGCGCUGCGGAGGCUGUGGAGCUCCAGUCGUGUCUGGUUUCUCCUCUCUCAGACCCGCAGGCUCACAGCGGCUGGUCCAUCAUCAAAGACUUCUGCCCGUCAGACCCAUCCUUCACACUUCCCAACGGAGAAGCCCAGGAACCAACAGACAGCCCAGAGAGCAAGGGCGACGGAGACGAGGAGGACAAGGAGAAGCCCGGGAGGAAGGACGACAGAUGGCCGAGCCCUCUCCGGAGACACACAGGGGCCCGCGGCGGAGACGAGAGGGCCAGGCGGUUUAAAGACAAGAGACCCGACAGAGUCAGAGCCAGGAAGCCCGAGGAGCGCAGGCGGAGUAGGAGGGACAAUGAGCGCGAGGGCGCACACACACUGCGCUUCAGUUUCAUCCUGCGCCCUGUCUAUAAUAACUCCAUUCAGUUUCUGCACUGCCGGCUGCGUCUGUGUGCGGCGGACGAGGGGCCCUCAGGGGCCGGCGCUCGGGUCUGUGCUCAGGGGCCUCGGAUUCCUGCUCUCACACACACGUCUGCUUCUCAACAGGUACUGUUGGUGUCAUUACCCAAAGGAAACUGGGAUGGCUGCAAGCUUUUUGUCAUUUUUGAUAACUGUCAACUCUAUCUUAUAUCAUACUAG